UCCUGCCGCGGCGAGUCCGAGCUCUUCCCUGGGGCGAGCAUCGCUUCCGCGCCCUCCGCCCGUUCCCGGCGGGUAAAUGUAGCGGGAACGGGCCGUUCUUGGAACCUGAAACGGAGCAGCAGUGGAGGGGGAGUCUUCUGCUGCGGUACUGCCCGAGAUUGACAUUUCUGGCGGUGACGGCAACGUCCGAAACGGUAUGGAAGAGCCUCGGUGGAGAGAAGGCGAUGAAGUCCCCAGGCGGCAAGUUUUCCUCGGCAGGUUUAGCACCGCGUCUCCGCGCAGAACUAUCAUGACAUCAUGUCUUGCCACCCAGAAAACUUUCAGUGGGAGCACUGGAGCUUUGAAAAUGUUGCUACCUUACUUGCUCACCGGUUUCCUAAUAGUUUUAUUUGGGUUGUGAAGUGUUCUCGAAUGCACCUGCACAAAUUCAGUUGUUAUGACAACUUUGUGGCGAGCAACAUGUUUGGAGCACCAGAGCACAGCACUGACUUUGGAGCUUUCAAGCAUCUCCAUGCAUUGCUAGUUAAUGCAUUCAGACUCUCUCAGAAUAUUCUGCUGUCCCAGAAAAUUGUGCAUGAUGUCAGCAAGGAUGCAAAAAUAGCUGCUUGUAAAUUACAGCCGCAGUCUGUUCCUACGACGAAUGGCUGCUCAUCCACAGAAGGAGAGAGAGAUUGUGAAUGCUCUAAUAAUUCUGCUAUGAACUUCAUUAUACCGUCUGCUGUAGGUGCAGUGUCGUUUACUUUGAUUGGCUUCAGUAAAGGUUGUGUGGUUUUGAACCAGCUGCUUUAUGAGCUGAAGGAAGCUAAAAAAGACAAGAAUACAGAUGCCUUCUUAAAAAACAUAAAAGCAAUUUACUGGCUGGAUGGUGGUCACUCGGGAGGAAGCAAUACUUGGGUUACUUACCCUGAAGUGCUGAAAGAACUUGCACAGACAGGAAUUGAAGUUCAUGCUCAUGUUACACCAUACCAAGUGUUUGACACAAUGAGGUCAUGGAUUGGGAGAGAGCAUGAGAAAUUUGUACAGAUACUUGAAGAAUUUGGUGUGGAAAUAAACGAUCAACUACAUUUUGCUGAUGACGUUCCCUCCUUAGAUAACCAUUUCAGAGUUCAUGAAGUAUUUUGAGGCUGUAUGUAUCUGAAUAGUAUAUUCAUUGUAAAAGCACUUUUGACACUGUAGAUGUCAUCUAGAUUUACAACUUUGAGCAGAUGCUUUCUAAAGAGAAUAUUAAAUCAGUCCUGCAUUGCUGAUAGAUACUACAUAUAAAUUUCAGUAGCUUAAAAAGAAGGAUUGGGACCCCAUAUCUACAACAGAUGUUGUCAUUUGAUUCCUGGAAAACAGUGUUAUGAAGAACUAUCCUAUAAAUGUAUUUUUCUUAAAUGUGAAUGUUUAUUCUCAACCUGUUGGCAAAACUUUUAGUCCUGGAUGUCUAACAUCAUGGACUGCCUUUAAUGGGAGCUUAAAGUACUCAAGACUUUCAAACAUCUGGUUACUUCAAUUUAGUAGCUUGCAGGGCUAAAAACUUUGGUCUUUGUCAGUAACAGAUGUAAUGUUAGUAUUUUGGCUUAAGGAAAAUUAUGAUUGCUAGAACAAUCUUAGUUAUAUAUUUUGGUGAAAAUUGUUUUAAUUAGUUAAUUAAAUCUUCCAGUUUUGUAACAUUUCUUCUAAUUGAAACAAAGUCACAAGUAUUGAUGUUUGGACUAGUAGUGCCAAUCCACUUUUCUUCCUUAUAUAUGCCUUGCCUUUUCUGUCGCUAUAAAAUUUCAUUAAUUCAUUGUGUAGUAUCUGCUAGUGAAUAGCCAUUUCACCUGGGGGCUUGAAAAUGUUGACAUAGCUACGUUAAGUGACCAAGAAUGUUGAGGAGGCUUAUUGCUGUUUCAACAUACUUUGCUAUCGCUUUGACUAACUUCUAUAAGGACCAGCAGUAAUACCUGUACUUUCAAGUCAAGAGGUGUCUUUAUUCCUGCCUUUGGACUGGUGAGGUUUUUCUUGAUAAUUGCUGCGUUGAUGUUGAUCUAAAUCGAGCCAUAAGUAUAUAACAUAUUACAAGUUGCGUAAAAAUUUUCAGACUACAUUGGCUGUAGCUGUUUCAAAAUGUUUCUGUUUUUAGAACUGUUAUCUCCUUUAAAUGUAUUGCAGUAGUUGCUUCCAGAGCCACACAAAAAUCUCUUUUCAGAGCCUUAUUUUUCUCACAGACCCUCCCCCAAUUAAAUACAAAGCUGGACAAAUAAGAUGCAAAAGAUGUAAUCUAGUUCAGGCCCCAAACCUGAAUGUUCCUCAGAAAGAAUUACUGAAAGACGGACAAACAAGAGAAUUAGCGGAACUUUUCUACUGUUGUAAGUAAUGUUUUCUGUUUACCUACAAAUAAAUCUUAGAAUCACUCUUGAAGACAACUGCAGCUAUUAACAAUGAACCAGUAGCUUAAAAUAGUUUUGGAUUUCCUGGAAGUAUAGACAUACAAAAGCAAGUUAGCAAAACACUGUGAAGAUUACACAGACAGAUGUGGCUCACUUCUGAAAAAAGGCAUUUUAUUCAACUUUGUUCCUAUGCUUGAUGGCUUAGCAACAUCUUCCCCCUGCUUCUUGCUUUCCAUGACUCUUACACUGUGGAAUGAAAGUCCUGGGUCAUCUUUCUUCUAUUGGCAUCAUUAAAACUUACAAGGUUCAUUGGAGAUGGUAUUUUCACCACUCUUGGAGAGGUUGUGCACGUUAGUGAUCACUGAAGAAUGAGAAGUGUUGAACUCUUAAGGAAAUUUUCUUAAUACUCAAAAUACUAGGGGUAGUAGGAUUAUGCAUACAGAAUGCACCUUACAAUGUGAACGCGAACUCUAUUACUAAUAAUAAUUAGACUAACGUACCUAGUUGAUCAAAAGGGGAAAUAGCUAGGCUAACUUGAGUAUGCUAAAACUUGCCCUAUCCAGUAAUAGUGCAGAUCACAGACCACUUUCUAAACAAUUCUGUGCCAGCCAAAACAGCAGGAGUAGGUUGUUGCAAGCUUUUGGAAACAGUAAAAUAUUGACAUUGUCUUCAGAAGUUUCUGGAUGGCUGUCCUGUGAAAAUAAUAUUAACCUAUUUGAUGGAGGCUGCUUACAAUAACUUAAAUAAAAUAGGCUCAAGUGUUGAUGUAUUAAUUUGAAGAAUAAGCACUUUGUUGUAAAACUAAUCUUGUUUUGAGACUUAAUGUUGUGGCGGGAAAACUGGUUGGUUUUCGUUCUCUAAACAGUUGUAGUACUCUGUUGGAAUGUGCCUCUGUCAUUCACUACAAUGCAUGCUAAAAAUAAAUUUUGGAAACAAUGUAGACAGUUAUUUCUAAUGGGUGAAACCACUUUGAUGUGAAUGUAAAACCAUUAAACAAGGAAUGUGCAGUUAAGUUUUGUGGAUUAAGCUUUAUCGGGUGUUUGUGGGGACCUAGUUCAAAAAAAAUCAGGUUUAUUUGCUAGCUUUUCGUCAAAGGCAGGCUUUGUAUUUGUGUAGUCAGCAUCUGCAAUUCUAAAACAGCUUACUGGCAUCUUGCAUACAUGGGAAAGCUGGCAUGAAGUACCCAAGGGUGUGAACAUUUCUAUGUUAGGAUGAAAUGGGUCAUAGUUCGUGUAUGCC